AUGGGUUCCACGGUCGAGAACCAACGAUGCGAGAUCCUGAUCGUAGGCGCAGGGAUCUUCGGAACCAGCACUGCCUACCACUUGUCCCUCUGCCACGCGAACCCUUCGAGGAUCACGGUGCUCGAUCGCGCCCCUGUUCCCUCGCCCUCCGCCGCGUCUUCGGACAUCAACAAGAUCGUCCGCGCCGAUUAUAGCAAGCCCUUCUACAUGGACCUGGCUUAUGAAGCCAUGGAGUACUGGACCACCAACCCAAUCAUGAAGCCACACUUCCACCAGACAGGCUGGGUGAUGCUGGACGAGAAGAAUAGUGAUCUGGCCGAGCGCAUACGCAGGAAUUUUCGUCAGAGCAGUCGUCCCGAUACCUCGGCAGACAUUUCGCUGGACGAGGUAAAAUCCAAUUGGGGCGGCGUUCUCUCUGGCCUAGCCACGACGGAUUAUGACAAAGCGUACACCAAUGCGAGUGCGGGCUGGGCUGAUGCCUCGUCCGCGGUAGAAGUGAUGAUGAACGAAGCGAUUAAAGCGGGGAUAAAUUUCGAGGUAGGAGAAGCGACUGAGCUGUUGCUCAGUAACGAAACAAAUAAGCUUACCGCAGUGCGCACCGCCGACGGGCGGACAUUCACCGGUGACAAGAUCCUGUUGGCCACGGGCGCGUGGACGCCAUGGUUAAUGGCCCCGUUAGAGAAGACGAUGAACAUUUCCGAAGCAGAUAGCGUUCAGCGGCAGAUUCAGGCCGCCGGUGUAUGUGUUGCUGCGUUCGAUCUAUCAUCCUCAGAGGAAGAUACCCGAUUCUAUGGCCAAAUGCCUGUGCUCAUCUACGGGGGGAAAGGCGAGGUCAUGCCCCCUAAUGAGCAAAAUCUGUUCAAAUUCACCAAUGCAAACACGUUUCUUAACACGAGUCUUCACCCAGACACAAACCAGCGGAUCUCCGUUCCAGCCCCGAACCAAAAAGCUGUGCCUGAGGCCCUGAAACAGCAGUCCAUCGACCUCAUCCGCCAGCGCAUCCCUCAGAUCCUCACCGAUGAUCGCGUCCCUGACGCUUGGCGUCUGUGCUGGGACGCUGUUUCGCCGGAUCAGAACCAAUUGAUUUCCCGACACCCUGAUCCUCGCCUCAAAAACCUCUACUUCGCGACCGCGGGGUCGUUCCACAGUUGGAAAUUCCUCCCAAAUAUUGGUAGGUAUGUCGUAAAUGUCCUGGGCGGUAAGUCGAAUGGGAAGGAGAAGGACGAAGCGUGGGGUUGGAAAAGAAGCUGGGAUGCUCGAGGGGCUCAUGAGAAGGUUUCGCCCAAGGGUGAAUUGGGUGAUUUUUUCGUAAGUGUUUAG